AUGAACGGCCACACGGAACAUCGUGGGGCUCAAUGGAAUCGUUCUGAAUUGGUGCAGUCUUGUUUACAAGCUCUAGAAGGACGAUGCUCUGCUCGAGCAAAUGCUGCUAAGGAACAUGAAGCUGCUAUACAAAGCUUCGUAUCUAGGCUGGAAAGCAGCUUAAAAGAAAAGCUCCAGAAGCGCUUGGAACAGUUGAAUGAAGGAGACCGACUUCUUAUUUCCAGGUUAAGUCAGGCGCGCAGCAGGGCUGGCGAUGGGAAGUCACUUACGCAUAGUAGGUUGGUAUAUCAUAUACCAUCACCGACUAUGCCGGCACAUCGUUUAUGGACAGCUGAUAACAAAGAUCCUAAAGGGAUGGAAAAACUGAUUGCCGAUGUCUGUGCGAUGUUCAAUGUCGACUAUAAUCAGUCGGAUAAUAAAAAUACUGACGUAGAGAUAACAGAUGAUUCGUAUUCAAGUGUUGCUGGUGGACAAAGAGGUUUAUACGGCUAUAAGCUUUAUAAAUCAGCGUCUUCUGGAGCGGCUGCUCAUUGUUUCUCAUCAUUUUCUAAUGACUCAUCAGCACUCCCACUCACAAGUGGCAAGUCUGAUGGCAUAGCGAUUUCUUUGACCAGUAAAUCGAUAAGGGAAAUUCGACCAUCCUCUUUUCGUGAACGGUCAUUACCUAGUGAUUCCGAAUCCAAUUUUGCAGGCAUUGAUGAUGAUGCAAAAAGCAAUGCGACUUCUCAUUACACAAGCAGCUUAGCCUGCCCCUCAGUGGCUUCCUCCAUUCCUCCAUAUCCUGCAGAUACUUCUUUUGACAGUCAAGACUCUCGGCCCGCUACAAGCAUAAAUACGUCAUCAAGCGUUGGUGCUCCUUCUUCGUCAUCAACAUCUACUUUAGAAGUGCCGGAUCCGAAGACUGAACAACAUUUUUAUCGUUUUGGUAACAAAUUUUUGACAAGACCUAUUGACGUCAUUGCACUGCCUCCCGGAGCAAAAUUUCCUAAUGCUCUUGCGGUGUCCGACAGCUGUGGAGUACGCAUGGCCAGGUAUGGUCUUACUCUAAUAAGCUACUUUUCAUUAGGUGUCUACAUUACUAAGCCAGAUGGUGAGGUGUUAGACCAUAUUCGUAUUGAGGGUAGCUCGGCCUCUUCUCUCGCUAUUGAUCAAGAGUCAUCGCGACUACUUGUUAGUGUGAUGCAUGCUAAAGGACGAAACAUACAUAUCUUUGACCUGAAUGAUUUUAGUAGAAAUAAGAUUACCAUUCCUUGUCCUAGAGAACCGAAAAUAGAAAUGAGUCGUACUCGGUGGAUUACCGUUAGUCCAAGAGGUGAAAUAUUUGUGGUCUCUGGUGAUAAUCAUAAGUCUGCGUUGUGGAUGUAUAAUCGAGCUCGAAAAGGUUGGAAAACGUUAAAAGAGUCUCGUAGAACUCGCUACCAGUACUUAUGUAUUGCUGAAGAUCAGGCUGAUUACAAGGCUGUCGUGCUUUUAACUUGUGACGCAGCGCAAAAUCGCCUUCUACUUUUUGUGGUUGAUCACUCAGGGUCCUUAAUAAACGAAUACGAUUUGACGAAGACUUAUCGUCUUAAUGAGCACAUCACUAAUCCUGCAAGUGCCGUUGUUGACGGAAAGGGUAAUCUGUUGGUUCUCGAUUAUGCAACAGGAAAAUUAUGGAUACUUUUAAGUGGAGUUAGAGGAAUUCGCCGAUUGAAAGAAAUCAGUUUUGGUAGUCAGAUAGGUCCUCAACAAGCCUUGGGCUUAGCUGUUCAGGAUGACUGGGUCUUUAUCACAUGUUUCAACAAUCAGGAAGUGAUACGUGUUCGGUACCUUUCUAAUGGUGAUUUUAUUGGUUCUCAUGCGUCGCCGCAUCGUUCACCACAGACGUCUAGAAGGGCUCUCUCAGCACCAAGACCAUCUAAAGACAAUAUUACUCGUCUGUAG